UGUCGCUCUUUUUUUUAAUCACAAUUACCAAUGGACCAAUGAAAACUCCACUGCACACUGAACAAGCCAACUACAAAUAUUUAUGAAUCACCGCCACUUACUGUUACAAUCAUUUACUACGACGGAGUAUUAGGGCCACACUGAGAAAAGAACUUAAAUUUUUCGCGUUUUUUCUCAUAAAUUUGCGACUUUUUGCCGUUACAUUAAUAUAUUCUUGUAACAUUACGACUUUAUACUCGUAAUAUUACGACUUUUCUCUCGAAAUAUUAUGACUUUAUACUCGAAAUCUAGGAUUUUUUUCUCUCACUGUGACCUGCUCCGUCGUAAUAUACAGGUAAUAAAAGACAAGAAAAACGAAGUGGGGAAAUUGACUUUAUCGUUUGUUAAGCACUCAGUUGUCGUUAUUACUACCUUACAGCCGGCCUCCUGAAAGCAGCAUCAGUGGCCCUGCUGCACUUGCGUGAGUGACCGUGCCAGGGCAGGAAAGAUGGCGGCCUGUGCGUUACGCCGAGGCUUGCUAAGCACAGUCAGUAAAUACAACAGAAAACACGCUCACAGGAUACUGAGUGUGGCUGACAGCAGUGGCGGGCUGGAGGUGUACAGACCGCGGCUGCAGUGCCGAGCCUGCGGGCUGCCCGGCGGGGUGCAGCAGAGGAGGUUCAUGUCGUCACGGAACAGGCCUGAAGGGAAGAUUUUGGAGACGGUGGGAGUGUUUGAGGCUCUAAAGCAGCACGGCAAAUAUGAAACAGGACAGCUGUUUCUCCACAGUGUGUUUGGCUACAGAGGCAUCGUCUUGUUUCCUUGGCAUGCUCGACUCUAUGACAGAGACAUCACCCCUCCCAUGUCUGACAGCAAGCCUGAGCCCCCAGGAGCCCACGGGUCCAAGGAGGUGAAGGGGAAGACCCACACCUACUACCAAGUCCUGAUUGACACCAGGGACUGCCCUCACAUAUCUCAGAGGUCCCAGACAGAGGCAGUGACGUUCCUGGCCAACCAUGAUGACAGCAGAGCCCUGUAUGCCAUACCAGGUCUGGACUAUGUGAGCCAUGAAGACAUCCUGCCCUAUAACUCUACAGAGCAGGUCCCCAUCCAGCACGAGCUGUUUGAGCGCUUCCUCAUGUACAACCCUGCCAAAUCUCCUCCGUUCACAGCCAGAGACACCCUGAAGGCGUGGCAGGAGAAGAACCACCCCUGGCUGGAGCUGUCAGACGUCCACAGGGAGACCACCGAGAACAUCCGAGUCACCGUCAUCCCCUUCUACAUGGGCAUGAGGGAGGCCCAGAACUCCCAUGUUUACUGGUGGCGGUAUUGUAUCCGUUUGGAGAACAUGGGCAACGAGGUGGUUCAGCUGAGAGAGAGGCACUGGAGGAUCUUCAGCCUGUCAGGAACCCUGGAGACGGUCCGAGGACGAGGCGUCGUUGGCAGGGAGCCAGUAUUGUCUAAAGAACAGCCGGCAUUUCAGUAUAGCAGCCAUGUGUCUCUUCAAGCCCCCAGUGGUCACAUGUGGGGGACGUUUCGUAUUGAAAGGACUGAUGGCUCCCACUUUGAUGUUCGCAUUCCUCCUUUCUCCCUGGAGAGCAACAAAGAUGACAAAGCUCCCCCUGCAGGCUACACAUUCUAACUGCGAGUAGUCACACCCCCACUUGCAAGGCCCCGGGCACGCUGUCUGUCCUAGCCGUGCCUGGGUUGUCUAGAAUUGUCCUUCCCUUGUAUCUUUGCCUCAGCCUUCAGCAGAAUAGCGUGAGUCAGGUUAAGGAAAGGCAAUACAUAGAUAAUCCAAAUGCAGGCCCAACUAUACCUUUUCCUCAGAGUGCACCCAACAGCAAUAUGUCAUUGAUUAAAUCAUAUAGGGUAGAAAGUCCCGUGCGUCUUCACUCCAUGUUGUGUUUGAACAUGCACAGUCUAGUGGAAGAGAAUUUGGGAGGUAGGGAGGUGAAUUAAUGUUGCCAGGCAGAGCUGGACAUGUUCUGCAUCAAAUAGCUGAAAUAUUGACCAGGUUGUUUUUAUGGUGAGAGUAUUUCCUGCUGAGCUGUGGGUUCACUAAAAGAGCAGCAGCUCAUUAUUGCGGCCUCAGUGGGAUACUUCAAAUCAACAUGUAAGAAUACAUGACGCAUGAUUUUUAUCCUGGACCCUGUUUUCCCCAUCAGUUCAGUUUUGAAAGCAUAGCAGCACUCUAUCAGUUCAGUCAUGUCAAACCUCUGUGGGCCGUUUAUGAGAGGCAAAACAGAAUUCUGGGCUGGUUACAGUACACAAGUAUUCCUGUUUUACUGGUUUACAACAUUAUGAAACAGAGGUUGGACUUAGGAUUUGGUUGACACUUGAAUAGAAAAUGACUCUUUAAUGUCAAAACUUGAGCUUAAUUUCCCUGUCGUACAAAUGUAAAAACACACAUUUUUGUGCAAAUAUUCACCCCCUUCAAGUCAGUAUCUCAUUGUGGCAGCAGUCACAAAGAGAUACUGUUCCUCUGUCAAAAAAUGCUUACGUUCUGUCAGGCUUCUAGGGGCCUGUUAGUGAACAGCAGUUUUCAAGUGCUGUCACACAUAGUGGCAUCAUUUUUUAUGUCUGGACCGACUUGGCCACCUCAGGACACAAAUAUUGUGUCACCCCUCAUCCCCCACAGUCCUUUUGGUGUCACUCUCACAUGGACACUUUUUAAAGAUGGCCUAGGCAGAUUUACAGCUGUGCCAUAUUCUAUUUCUAUUUUUGGUGAUUGACCAAAUUGUACUUUAUGGGAUAUUCAGUGAUUUAUUCACAUUCCCUUGUAUCCUUCCAUUGACUGGUAAUUUUGGAAAAUUUUGAUAUAUUUCUUUUUAAUUUUUGUAGCCUGACACAGAUUUGUUCAGAGUUUUCUAUGUCUUCAUGAUGCCGUUAUUGCCAGGAAAGAGAAUAAUUAACCAGCUGUUGAAACUUCCAGACACAGGUGUAUUUAUUUAACCUUUAAACCACUUGUCACACGUUCAUUACACCCUGGUGAUCUCUAUACAAAUGAUAGUGACUCAGAUGACUGCUCCAGUGAUGAUUUAGUUGUGUCGCAGUACAGGGAGUGAAUACUUACACAUCAAUUAAUUUGUGUUUGACAUUUCCACUUAAUUUAUAUCAAUUAUAUAGAGAUCUUGGGUCCCUUUGACAUUCAAGUCCUAUUUUCUUGUGAAGUGUGUUUUUAAAAAGUCCUUAUUCCAAUCACAGUGAUUCAGUUGAAACAACAAAACUAGAAAAGGGCUUUUAAUAAGCAACAAACUAUGUGUUGAUGGCUAAAAAUGAAUCCCUCUUUUGGUGGAAAGGAGGCAAUGGUCAGGUCUAAGUUCUGUCUUUGAGUAACAAAUGAUGUGCACCAUAAAGUAAUUAAACCAGGAGAGGCCUGUGUGAAAUGUCUACCUUCCUCUCCCCUCCCUGUAAAAACCAGAAUGAAGUCUUCAUCCUGUAGACAUGAGGUGGAUGUCUUUCGUUGAGGCUGACUGUUUGACUUUGCAAGCUCUGUGACAAGAACUUAUGAGCCUAAAAUUUCUCUCUGUAACGUGAGGAAAGAAACUAACAUGUUUGUUUUGAUAUGUGAUUUGAAGCAACUGAUGGUUGAAAUACUACUGUAAAUAGAGAUGUAAUUAAAGGCAAAACAAAUAAAUAUACCUUUUGAAAAAUA